AUGUCUUCGUCUGGCCCGACCGCUGAAAGUCCCAUCUAUGGACCCUUCUUUGGAGUUAUGGGGGCGGCGUCCGCUAUCAUCUUUAGCGCGCUGGGAGCCGCCUAUGGUACCGCCAAGUCGGGUACCGGUAUCGCCGCCAUGUCGGUGAUGCGGCCCGAGCUGAUCAUGAAGUCCAUCAUUCCCGUAGUCAUGGCGGGUAUCAUUGCCAUUUACGGUCUGGUCGUGGCCGUCCUGAUCGCCGGUUCCCUUGAGAGCCCACCAGCAUACAGCCUCUUCAGAGGAUUCAUCCACCUUGGUGCCGGUCUCGCUGUAGGAUUCUCAGGUCUCGCCGCUGGUUUCGCCAUAGGCAUCGUCGGUGAUGCCGGUGUCCGCGGCACGGCGCAGCAGCCCAGGCUAUUCGUCGGAAUGAUCCUCAUUCUCAUCUUCGCCGAGGUGUUGGGUCUCUACGGGCUCAUCGUCGCCAUCUACCUUUACACGAAGCAG